AUGGUGAAGCCUAGAAUGGUGUCCCUGUUGUACUGCGCAAUAUGGAUGCAGUGGAUUGGCUGUCUUGACGCACUGUUUUGUGACUUAUCAGAUCCAGAAGAACCACUUGGGAGCCAUGCCCUUGUUAUGUGUCAUAUGGAUAUCGACAAAAUUGAGGAUGCAAUCGGAGUAUGCCCACGCCAAGUAGACGACACCGAAUAUGUUUGGCAUCCUCAACCAACGACCGAUGGGCAUCCUCAUAUCGAAACAUACGUGAAUGAUAACGGCAGUUUACGUGCUAGAGAUUUUUCGGACCUAGUGAUAUCGGAAAACCAAGCUUCUUUUAUAUCUGUGGAAUCAAAUCAGUUGCAAACAAAACUUCACUUCAACUUCCCAUCUCAUGAAUUGUUUAUCCUUACUGAACGCCGUCUUAUAUUCAUUUGCGGCCCCAGAGAUUUAGUAUUGAGCGAUACGAUGCAGCGUCACAUUUACCGUCUCGAAAACAGCGAUCAAGUGGAAGUGAUGUUGUGGACUUCAUCCACACCACUAGUCGAAGAACUAAAAGAGCUGAGGAAAGGUUUGGGUCUAUUUUUCGUGAACAUAGGGCAUUCACACCUACUUCUUCAAGGCUGCGGCAGCCGCACCUCACCACUUUUUUCACCGGACAAUGUGGUUACCGAGGAUAGCUUUACUGGCACCCGUUCAUGUGUGGCGGAUCCGAUGUCAAGCUUACCGAUAGGAUUUGUUUGCGAAGGUCGCAUUCAACCUGAGAAUUGCAUGAAAUCACUCCUGGACAAGAAUGGUUACACUGUAACUGCUCCCUCACCACAUAAAUAUUGGCAUUUUGAUGACCAUAGGCCUUGGGUGGUGGCGCAAUAUUUUGAUCAAUUAGCAUUACCGCCCUUUACAGGCGAAUGCAGGUGUGUCGAUUCCGAAACAGGCCAGGUAAAGGCGAGAAUAGAGAUCCGUCAAAAAACCGAAUACACUUGUGACAUCACUAGCAUGAUUUUUCGCAAUCGUAUUCGCCCUAUUCCAGGCCCUUGGUGUUCGGUUGUCCUUCACCCUGGCAGCACGUUGACCAUAAAGGUGCCGAUACAGAAGGUUUAUCGGCAAUCUUUUGACGGUUCUGCCACUGUUUCAUUCUCACAAAUGAUGUCUCUCUAUGAUUUCGAAACUGAAUUCUUGCCGAAAGACCUGAUGACACUGCGGCAACUACAAUCAAUUUAUGAUUUUGAAACUUACGAUGAAAUUCCGUACAACCAAGCUCUUGUUGGUGAUGCCCUCGCGUUGGACGUUUCACAAAUGAAUAGAGGGUUGGUGAAGCUGACAUACCAUUCAGACAAACCUCUUGCGUUAAAAAAAGGAUCGAGCUCAUUCUUAUACCAUUUGAAAUUGAAAUCAAAAAACAUGAAUAUUCUAGAAAGGAUAGACGCUGCAAUCAAUCUGACUUUUGCAUUCACGCAUGAUUACGAGGUUGUUGGUUGCGAUCGUGAGUCACCAAGUCUGUUUAAUCCAGGGAUCAGCAUUAGUAAUUGCUUACUGAAGUAUAUGGGUAAUAGAAUUGGACUCACUUACGAAUGCAGAAUACGUAUUACGAGGUGGCGUAGGAAGGCUGGCAUCCACUGCAGACCAGAUGAGGAGUUGUUGCCUAACAACUGCGAAUCGAUGGUGUAUGACCUCUAUUCUAACCGUGCCAUAGAACUUCCAACAGCUUUGCAAACUACGAAACAGAAUAUCCGAGGAUUUCAGGUAUUAAGUUUCUACUUCCGCAACAACAGUCCUUUUAGCUAUGCUUGCAUCUGUGUUGAUAAACACGGCUAUGAAAAGUCCAAGCUUGUUAUGGAGAACGUUCAACAAGAAAUGUACGCCUACCUAGUACGUCGUAAACAGGUAUCGGACUCGUUGCGCCCUACUCUGUUACUGCCGUUUAGUGAGAUCGGAUUAUUAUUUGGUGGAAUGAAAUCACAAAGGUUCAUUGGGCUGUACGAUAUAAAUUCCAUAUCAAUUAAACUAACUGCAGGCAAAACGUGGUCCCUAAAUUGUGGGAUUGAUCGUGAGAGCAUAACAUUUGAUGACGUGGAAAACGUCGCAACUCGUGAAGAUAUUACAGCGACAUGGCUGCCAAAGCAACCAGAUAUAUUCUAUUACACCGUAAAUCAGACUCCUGUUGGGCCUGAGCUUGUAAAGGUCGCAUACAAAGAUUCGAUUAUCAUUAGCCCAAACGGCCUGGCAGUACAAUACCGAGAAUUGGACAUGACACCUGCGUAUCAGAUCAUGGUAUUACAAUCAAAUACAAGUGCUAUAAUAAUAUCUAAGGACCCACUGCACAAGUAUUUUGUGCCGAUGACGUUUGUCUGCGGGAAGGCGCCCAAUCCGUGGGAUCUCUCCGUAAUCACUGACAAUGCUUCCACUUCAAACGACUCUGCACGGCCCAGUUCACAUCUAUUGCGACCAUCCAUAGGAUAUACGUGGCUUGUCAUUGAUGUUUCCCUCAAGACUACUGAUCCCUAUAUGCAAGGUUGUGGUGUUACGUAUUCGUCAACUGAGUUAUUCAAGCCUGAUACACCCAAACUCUACGACGCUGAGGGAAGAGAAAUCGGUUGCAAAAUCGACAUUCAGACCGCUAAGGAAGCAGCAUUUUACUGCCCAGCACCGUACGUCCUGGACCCGCCUGAGUGUUUCAACCAAGUUUACGUUGAGGAUGAAGUGAAGAAUUUGAGUGAAAUAAGCCAGUCGAUGAUUGCAUCAGCAUCCAACCACUUCGUCAUCUUGAACUUCGACAGAGAACUCGUAGGACCUGGCGAAACGCUGCGCCCGUCGCCGCCACUUGAAUGCCGCUGCGUCACCGUCAAAGGCAUCGUCCUCUCCACCAUCCAAAUCGAGAAUUACUACUCCAACGAAUGA